CGCGUGAUCCGAAAAUUUUGGCUCCCAUUUCCUCCACGCCCCUCACUUGCUUCUCUACACGACUCUCUCUCUCUCACUUGCUUCUCUACACGACUCUCUCUCUCUCUCUCUCUCUCUCUCUCUCAAUUUUUAACCGAUUCUUUGCUUCAAUACUCUUCAAACUCAAAAGACAAAUUGUUGUAAAGCUCCAUAUCCCAACAAGAGAAGCGAAAUUCGAUCGCCCAUCAGCAUCAGACCCAGCCAGUUGCGGAGCUUGGUGUUAUAAAAUAUUUUCAAGGUGGCAUCCUUUAGUUCGCCAACAACCAGAUGAUGCCACAUUAAGUGCUAUGCCUUGUGUUUUGAGAUCCUUGAUGCCGAGUUCAUACCUGUCACACAAUGUCCUUUCCUAUCAUAUGGUCUGGAAAUUUUUAUCACUUAAGACAUAGCUGUAGUUACAAGUUGCUCAGGUUUCAGUCUGGAUCAACUCCUAAAAUACUACCUGAUACCAGAACAUGCAACCUACGAUUUCUAGCAUCAAAAGCUGAAGGAAAGAAUCAAAAAUCACAGAGCAAGAAGCCACAGAAUGUCAAUGUGAAUCAUAAUGAUGGUUCAGUUAAGUCAUCUAGCAGCAAAACUAUAAACAAGUCCGAGCUUCAUGAAUUCAAAGCUGUUCAAUGUUACCAGCAUAUUUCUGAGAAAAGAGUUUUCGAUUGGCCUGCUGUUGUUAUUGCUUUUGAUAUUGAGACUACUGGGUUAAGUCGUCAAAAGGAAAGGAUAAUUGAAAUUGCACUUCGGGAUCUUUAUGGAGGCAAGAAUAGUACAUUCCAAACUUUGGUCAAUCCAGAAAAAGAAGUAUCAAAUUCUUAUAUUCAUGGCAUUAGAUCAGAUAUGGUUAACAGGCCUGAUGUCCCAAGGUUCAAGGAACUGGUCCCAAUAUUACUUCAAUACAUAAGAAGCCGGCAAACAGAUGGGAGGCAAGUUGCAUUAUUUGCUCAUAAUGGACGUGGAUUUGAUGUACCUUUCCUCAUUCAUGAAUUUAGGCGGUGUAAAGUGGAGAUUCCUGAGGACUGGCUAUUCGUAGAUACACUUCCUCUUGCUAGGAAAUUGGUGAAGCCAGAUGGAUCGAAGCUCGAAUCCUCCAAGCUGGAUGAUCUGCGCCAAUAUUACGAAAUUCCUUUGAUCGGGCCUGCACACCGGGCUAUGCAAGAUGUACACACUUUAGCAUAUGUCCUCCAGAAGAUGUCGUAUCAGCUGAAACUGUCAAUUCCAGAGCUCCUUGAUGGAGGAUUUCGUGCAUCGGAUAUAAUCAAAGUUGCUCCUUGACAGCAAACUGUUAGUUUUAACUUAAAAAAAACUAAAAAUGAGCUUGUACAGCUCUUUCUUUUAUUAAUUACUUGUUAUUAAUUUGUUAUUGUAUCGCAAUCUCUUUCACAUUUGAGAAUUCAGCGAUCAUAUUUUAGAAUCUUUGAGAUCCUCGUUCUCAAAGAGUGAUUGAUGUAUUACUCAUUGUACUGUUAUAUCGAAAAAGAAAAUGAAAACAUGAAUUCUGCAUUGAACUCUCA